AUGAAUUUUCAGAAAGAAAUAUGUAAAUGGAUUGAACGGAAAAGAAAAUUAGAAAAGGGAAAAAAUAAAAGUAGUUAUAUAUUACUACGAUUUAAGGAGACAUUUAAGAAAUCCAUUUUUGAAAAAGAACUGUUCAGAAAUGUCUGUUUUGAUGAAGAGAAUAGACUGUUCUCUAAGGGGAAAAAUCGGAGCAGCAUUGAGGAUGUUGAAAAAAAUAUAUAUUUGAAUCAUAAUCAUACAGAUAAAAAACACAAAAAAGAUACACAAUUAAGCAAGUAUGAACAGAAGAUUCAAUUACUCAAGAUUACCAUUAAAAAUUUCAAUAAUAUACAUCACUUAUUGGGGAAUAAUGACCCUUACUAUGGUAAAUUGGCACAUAUAUUCGCGCGAGAGUUACAGAAUGAAAGAACACUACACGCUGAAUACAAGGAAGAAAAAAAUGGAGGAAUCAACAGUUAUGAUAAUGUGGAAGGGUCGUUUAAGCAGCAUAUCCGAUUUAGUAUUUGGCCAAGCAUUGUAGACCUCAUGCAAUUGUUCAAUUUCUACACAGAUAUUGAAGUAUACAGAUUUCAUUUUUUAAUAUUAAUUUUAAAAUGGAUACCAAAUAUUGGAAACAUCACAAGUGUUAACCAUGAUGCAUCAGUUAAGUUUAUAAAAUCAUGUCUUAAACUGAGGAAGGAAAUACAUAAAAAUUUGAGUGUGCAAAAGGAGAUAUGCUUUUCGAGGAAGGGCAGAAUGGUUAUUCAUCACACCAAUUGGGCUUACUCCAAUUGGGGUUCCUCCAACUGCAUCCAUCGCCACGGACAACAUUUACAUAACGAGAAGUAUAGUGGAAAACGCUUAAGAGAAAAAAGAAAAAAUGAAUAUUCUCAAAUGUUUCAUUGCAAAAAGAGAAAACUCCAUUUUGAACAGACCUAUGCAAAAUAUAAGAAGCGAAUGUAUAAAUUGGAAAUGGAAUAUUGUAAUAAAUUGAUAGAAAAAUGUAUUUAUCACAUCAUAAGCACAAAAGGAUACUUGGACGAAUCCAACAUCUUGAAAUAUGUGAAGGUUCUAAAUGCAGGGCGAUUUUAUUUAUGUAGUAGAACUGGUGAGGCCAAAAUAGAAUCGAUGGGAUAUGAAACUAAUUUAUUUUAUACUAAAAUUACGGAUUAUGUCAAUUCAAAUUGUCAACAAAUUCCUCCAGAUGAACUUCUAACCACAAUCAGCUACCUCACUAAAGUGCAAACUCAGGAUAAACGCCUCAAAAAUGGAAGAAGCAGAGAGGUGAGAAGUGAAAUUGAAGAGAACAAACUCACGAAAGCACUUACACAGGUAAAUCAAAACAUUUGUAUCUCCAUUAAGAACAAAUCAGGAGAUUACACCGUUAGUGAAGUAUGCAAAGUAGUACACCUCUGUUCUAAGAAUAAACAUUAUGAUGAGAAUCUAUUCACGUAUGCAACCGAAUACUUAAUUGAUAAUUUAGAUGCACUUGAUUCUAAAAAAGUUGUCAAAGUUGCCAUAAAUUUGUACGAAAAGUUUGGAUAUAAAAGGAUUGAACUUUUAUUGGAAAUAAUGAACACUUAUAUGCCACCUGUCGAAAGGAAGAAGACACUUGUAAGGAGAGAUCAAAAUGGUGGAAGAAAAUCGAGGACAAAAAUUUCGAAAUGCUUAACGGGGGCCACUAAGAGUAGUCAAACUGGUUUGUCUGCUGGUUUGUCUGCUGGUUUGUCUGUUGGUUUGUGUGCUCAUUUGCAGCCUAAUUGGAGAUAUGGUGAAACCCGCUCGGACAGAGGUGAGGAUAAAAAAAGUGCGACCCCCACGAGGGAAAAAAAACUUUACAGAACUUUUGAAGACGUAAAAAUCAAGGAACUGUUACGAUUUCUUAAAAUACUGAUAGACAAUAACAUACAUAUGGAUGAAACAUGGACAGAAUACUUCCUCUCUCUAAUAAAAAAAAAAUUUUCAUUUAUUGGUAAAGCGGAUUGGCCCAUAUUUUGUCACGUUUUACUUCACACCCAGUCGAGGGAAAUUUUCUCCAGCUUUUUCCACCCAUGCAGUAGAUAUUACAUAUAUGACAAAAUGCCAAUUCAUGAGUUAACAGGAUCAAUUCAUGAGUUAACAGAAUCAAAUCACUUAAGUGUUCUGAUUCAAGUGAUGCUGCUCCUAAGUCUGCACAUAUACACAUACAACUGCAAGAAUUUUUUUACCUUUUUUUUUAACACUCUGCGUGAGUUUUAUGAUCGAAAUUGUGUACAUUCAUAUGGUGCAUACAGAAAAGGUGAGGAUGCAGAUGAUAAUGAUUAUGAAGAGGAGCAGCAGAAGGGGAAAGAAGAGGGUUGCAUAUUUUUCUUACCACGCAGGUGUGACGACAACCAUUAUGAAAAUGUAAGAAGUGUGCCAAAUGUUUAUAUACACAAUUUAAACAUGUAUGAAAGAGGGAAAAAUAAUAAAUAUGAGAAAAAAAAGAAAAAAAAAAAAAUUCAAGAAUUUCAAAAUAAAAUUAUGAAAAUGGAAAUUCCUUCCUGUGACCAAAUGAAAGAAGACAUAAUUCCACAUAUGAAAUUAAACGCACAGGAUUAUCAAAUAGGUGUCGUUUUCGAUUCCACGCAUUAUUUGAAAUGUCCAGAAGGGGUGGCAAACACCACAUCUGUCCUCCGUACUAGUAACAUGUCAGAUGAAUCACCUCCUGCUAGUCAACAGAACUUGUUGCAACACAAUUACCCUCUUUCUCUAUCCCAGACAUGUGACACAGUGAGGGAAGAGGAAGAAGUUAGCCAUUAUGAAGGGGCAGAAGUUGUCCAUAAUGAAAUGCAUGAACAGGCUUGCGAUUCUUUCCUAAACAGAAGAACCCCAUAUGAGAGAAUUCACCCCUCUAACACGUGUUCAGAUGUGAAUGCAAGAGAAAACCCCCCAAGGAAAUUUUGCAUAAACGAGAAAAACAUAUCAAAUAGAGUAGGAAAAAUAAACCAUUCAUGUAGUUAUAAACCAAUCUCUCACAUGCCAAAAAAGGGAACCUAUACUAAGCAGAAGAGAAUCAAUCGUAAAAUUCACUAUUUUGAAAAUCUCAACAAUGCACGUAAUGUCCUUAUGGCAAUACAAAAUGUUGUUCUUUAUCUUGUAGAGAAUAACUCUAACUGUUUUCACAAAAAUUGCUUACAAUGUUUCAACAUGGCACCUCAAAUGAGAAAUCUAACAAUUAAAAACCUCUCCUUGAUUCACAGCACGUACAUGUUAUGUUGCUCAUACAUUGAUUUCUCCACAAAACAGCAAAAAAUUAUGAACAAUGAAAAGGUCACCUCAUCUUCCAAACUUCACAAACAAGUCCUCUCCAUCUUGACAUAUGUGGACCCGAAGAGCGAAAUUGUAAGCGAGUUUGUUCAUCACCCAUUUCAAGUAGACAUAUGCAUGAGGAGAAAAUCUUCUCAUUAUGAAGUUACUUCAUAA